AGCUGCAUCACUAUAUAGCUUCAGAAGAAGAACAUCCUUACGAUGCUCUUCAAUCAAUCAAUCAAUCCAAUACGAUUCAAUGCAUCGAUGCCCCAACAGUGACCAUCCUCGGUCAACAAAUGGUCCAAAGACUGCAACAUCAAGCAGAUAAACAGUCAAAGUCUGCUCCCGUAUCUAAAGUCGACUUUUCGACUCAAUUUCUUUCCCACGAAAAACGGGCAAGGUAUUCACAAAGUAUUCCCAGUCUUUCUCCUUCAAAAUGGGAGAAGUAGCCCAAAGCGCCGCUUUUUGAGGCGGACUAUCGGAAGGUCAAAGUGGAGAUUGCUAUACAGGCUGGUAUAGUCCAUGAGUUUGAAGAUUCCAGGUCAUCAAGGGAGCCAGGCUCGACCGGACUGGCUUUCCAUCUCACCUGGUAGGGCUGCCAGAUGAGGAGAUACACUCCUCGUUCUGCCUACCGCCCAGAAAGGAACUCGAGCGUGCUUGCAACUCCUCAGAUCCCAUCCUUCUCCGAAUUAUCAAUGGUACAAGAUCUCUCUUACAGGAUGCCUACCAGCUGUGUAGCAAUAAUUCACCCGAUUGUAAGAUGACUUACCAACGCGCUACUAUCCUAAAUGAGUUCUACUCGGGGGCUUCAGGGAAAUCAGCAGCCUUCCGUGCUCGUAAGCUCGAGUCGACACUCGUGGAUUAUUUCCAAACCUGGACAGAGCUGGUCGUAUAUUACUACCGGGUAGUCUACAAGGAAGAUGGCCACUUUAAGGGUACACCUGAGUCCCAGCAAUUGCCAAAGGAUAUUAUUCAGCCCACAUCUCAGCAGCAAAGUACAAUGCAGGAGGUUGUCAGUGCUCCUAAGGCGUACCAAGAAGAGGAGGAUAACGAGGAGAAGCAGGCUGCACUACAGCGUGCCCUCCAGAAGUUAUUUCACAUCGUUGGCAGCGUACCCUUUCGAUCUCCAGCUUUGCGCCAUGCUAUCAUGAUCCAAGCGGGGCGAUGGAAGGAGCCAGAGAUCUUUAGCAGCCAUCUCUCUGCCUUAACUUGGACAGCCCAGUUCCUCAUAUUCGACUAUGCAUGCUUUCAUGAGCAGGACAAUGAGAAUCAGAUUCCGGUGUUGCUGUCAAAACUCUGGAGCAAGUUCUUUCAGCAGCUUGCUGAGACUCCAUUUGGCCAUAUCUUGCAGUGGAGACUAUAUCUUUUCCAGGUUGGCAGGCGACAGCUUGCAAGACACCAGGCACGAUGGUCUCUUGACAGGCAGACUGUAGGAUAUCGAGGGGUUAACCUGCAUAUAAAACACAUCCCACAGCUAGUUAUCUCGGAGUAUCAGGCGGCUUAUGCAAUAUUGCACGAGGAUCUUUUGUUCGAGGCUAAGUCGGCUCUAGACCUAGACCAGGAUUCAGUUCCUUAUAUGCUACUCAAGGCAUGGAAACUGAAGGAUGACCUUGACGUUGCCGACUUUGGAGAGUCGUGGGUAACCUACCCUGAGAAUGCCGAGCUGGUCCAGAAAGCUGAGGGGGCUCUCCUUCGCCGUAUCCAGCAAGAUGCUAAGCUGCGGGCGAUGCUUCUGAUUGAAGGCAAGGAUGGAGCUAUAGGAUUCAAUCCUAAGCAUCGGCAUAUCAUGAUCUGGGAGAAGCUAGUCAUGAUCUUCACUCAGUAUCACAAGGGACAGCAGCAGUCGGGUACUAAGCAUAUCGGCUUGGUUAUACCACUCCGGCAAAUCUUCCUCCGCCAGCGUAAUCCAAAGGGCGUGAUCUCGCCGUAUCUCUGGGCCGAACUCGAAGGAAAGGUCUGGCCAGAUCGGACGGUGUUCAAGUGCCUCACGAGAGCAUGUGCUCGGGCCAAGAUCGCACGCCUGCAUACGCUUAAGUGGCGUCAUUUCUCAGCUGCUAUCUGCAAGGAGAAGUUCUCAGGCAAGGAUCUUGCCACGUUUAGCAACGAGGAUAUUACUGCGGAGGAUAUGGAGGACAAGUAUGACCUGGUCACAUUAGAGCUACAGAGUAACCAUAGCUACGCUACCUUUAAUAUGACUUAUGCUGGGUCAACUAUGCUUACGAUAGAUACCCUCCUCCAUCGAAACCAUCGGGCGUCAAUGCUCUGGCAUAAUCUCAUCCAGUUCGAAGCCGUCCUUCAGAAAAAGCGAGGGCGAUCCGACUCGGAUGUACUCUCCUUCCGGAUGCAUGAUGACAUCAAGCGUGGUCAGCAGCGGAGGAAGAGGGUGUAUUCAGAGGCUGACCUUGUUGCCGUUACCCGUAGGGUGUAUGGAGCACCGGAGCUCCGGCUACGUGUGCCAGGUCAGCGAGCCGCGGUGCUUGCAGUACUCGGGCCACAGAAGGCUGAGCAGGUUAUUAUUGUACUAGCAACAGGAUCAGGAAAGACAUUGAUUGUUAUUUUGGCUGUAUCAAUUGCUGAUACUGGAACAACCAUUCUCAUCCUUCCACUGAUAGCUCUUAGGAAUGACAUGCUCCGGCGCUUUAGUGAUGUCGGAAUCCAGCCGCUGGUGUGGACUCCGGACUAUGCGGACUGCUCCUUUGGUCAUUGUCUCUGUUGA